AGCGCCGCAUUGGCACAAAGCCUGGAAGCCCGCCGGCGCACGGCGGCCAAGGCCGAGGUGCCGCGCAGCGACAGGUGCCUGCAGCGGGAAUGCGCGGGCACUUGCUCCGACCGCAGGAGCGCUGGGUCAGCAUCGCCGGCAGCAGCACCAUCGCCGCCACCGCCGCCGUCGUCCCCAUGUGUAGCCCCGUUGGGCUCAAGGCAGGACGCCGCCAGGUCAGCUCUACUGCCCCCAUGGCUGUGGGCGCCACCGCCAUCGCUGACCCCAGCAGGCGUGGGAGAAGGUCCCUGGCGGCCGCGCUGUCGCUGCUGGCACCGCUGGUCGCGCUGCGCGGGCCUGUCGCGCUCGUUGGCGGGGCCCCACCCCCGGCCCGCUGCGCCAGGCCCGGGCGGGCGGCAUCGGCAGCGGACCGCACCGGCUCUCGCCUGGAGGCUCUGCGGGUGGCCGUGGUGGGCGCGGGGCCGUCGGGGCUCCUGCUGGCGCACCGCCUGCUGGCGGCCGGUGCCACGGUCGACGUGUUCGAGGGGCGCUCCGACCCGCGGGGCAGCGAGGCGGCGUUGGAGGGCCGCGCGUACGCCCUCGGCCUGGGCAUCCGCGGGCGCACGGCGAUCCGCACCGCUGGGGACGACCUGUGGGACAGCAUCAAGCCCAAGGGCUACGGCAGCGAGAGGUUCCAGCUGCACCUGCCCUUCGGCCCCGUGGACCUGAGGACACCAGAGGAUGGCGACGGGCUGGAGCCGAGCCUGCUCAUCUACCAGAGCGACCUCUGCGGGGCGAUGCUGGAUCAGCUGGAGAGGCGCUACGCCUCCUCCGGGCGGCUGCGGACUUGCUUCGGGGCGAAUGUGAAGUCGGUGGACGUGGCUGCCGGAACGGUGACACUCUCAGAGCCAGAUGGUGGCAGCAACAUGUUCGGGCCGGUUGACAUCGUCGCGGGUUGCGACGGCGUCAAUUCAGUGGUGCGGGCCAGCGUGGAACAGGCUUGCUUUGGAUUCACCGUGCAGAAGAAGCCGCUGCCAGGUUUCCUCAAGGUCUUGCGGUUCCCAAAGAUGCCGACUGCCUUGGAACCUACGGCCGUGCACGCCAUCCCUGGCAAGGGCGGCUCGUCCGCUUUCAUAGAGCCCACAGCGUUUGGCGCCUGCGCCCUCAUCAACUGGCGCGACUCUCCGACAGAGCCAGACGCGGCCGAAAAGGGCAAGGGCGUGGACUGGAACAAGCUCGACGGCCCCGCGGAGGCGCGCGAGGCGCUGCGUAGCGCUUUCCCGCUGCUGGAUGACGUGCUGGACGACGAGGCCGGCAGGCAGUUCGUCCAGCAGCAGCCCUCGAAGUCCGCCACUCUCAAGUGCAACACCUACCACCACGCCAAGGCUGUCCUGCUUGGGGACGCGGCCCACUCCACCGGGGGGGCCAGCGGCCAGGGCUGCAACUCGGCGCUGCAGGACGCCGCGGUGCUGGCGGACUUGCUGAUCGACGGCCCAGGCGACGUCUCGGGGGCCCUGAGGCGCUACUCUCUGCAGAGGGUGCCCGAGGGCCAGGCACUGCUCGAGCUGUCCCUGGGGCCGGGCGAAGACGUGAGCCCUCCGCAGCGCGUUCUCUACGGCCUGGCCCAGGCGGUAGGCAACGUGCUGAGCCGCUUCGGCAUCGGCGAGCAGACGAUGCAGACGAAGCUCACGACCACGCUCACUCCGGUUGCCCAGAUCAGGCGCGAGCGCGAUUUUUAUUUUGGCAAUUUUCCUUCCGACAAGGAGUUUGAGCAGUCCAUCGUUGCCCUGGAGGCCAGCGGAUAGCGCGCAGUGAAGGAAGGCGGAGAGGGGGCGUUCUCGAAGCAGGGCUGCUUCUCUCUUCAUCCCUCUCCUCCUCCUCCUGUUCCCCUGCUAGUCUAUCUCAGACAGACAGACAUUUUCGGCAGCGCUCGCUCGCACGGAAAAAUCAA